AGCAUUCUCGCUACUGUAUAGGACGGCGAUACGUUGAGAGUUUCAUCAGGAUUGCUAAAGUGGAUGCUCUCGUUAUCUGAACUGUUUUAAUCGUAUCUCAGAUUAGACCGGCUACUUUACAAUGAAGGAGAGAAGAACACAGCCGUUGGUGGUGAGGUGUAAGCUUGUGUUGGUGGGAGACGUCCAAUGCGGAAAAACAGCAAUGCUUCAAGUCUUGGCAAAAGACUGCUAUCCAGAGACUUAUGUCCCGACGGUGUUCGAGAACUACACUGCUGGCCUGGAGUUAGAAGAGCAGCGCGUCGAACUCAGCCUGUGGGACACGUCGGGAUCCCCGUAUUACGACAACGUGCGGCCCCUGUGCUACAGCGACUCUGAUGCUGUCCUGCUGUGUUUCGACGUCAGCCGCCCCGACAUCGUGGACGGCGCACUGAAAAAGUGGAAGACAGAGAUCCUGGACCUGUGCCCCAACACACACAUCCUGCUCGUGGGCUGCAAGACUGACCUGCGCACAGACGUCUGCACCCUGAUGGAGCUCUCCAACCAGAGGCACACGCCCAUCUCACAUGACCAGGGGGCAGCGAUGGCGAAGCAGCUGGGUGCGGAGGCGUACCUGGAGUGCUCGGCCUUCACGUCGGAGAAGAGCGUCCACAGCGUGUUCCGCGCCGCGGCGCUCUCCUGCCUCAACAAGCUGCAGCCGCCCGUCAAGCCCAGCCCCGCCCUCCGGCCCGCCCGGCGCCUCUCCAAGCGCCUGCUGCACCUGCCCAGCAGGGCGGAGCUGCUCUCCUCCACCUUCGGCAAGGACAAGAGGAGCUGCUCCGUCAUGUGAAGCUGCUUCUUCAUGUGAAGGCCCUCAGCUGCUCCGUCAUGUGAAGGCCCCUCCACCCAGAGCUGCUCCAUCAU